AUGACUCUACGCUUUGACGGAAAGGUCGCUAUUGUCACCGGAGCUGGAGGUGGUCUCGGAAAGACUUAUGCUCUAGAAUUGGCCAAGAGAGGAUGCAAAGUUGUUGUUAAUGACCUUGGAGGUGACCGUCAUGGAACAUCUUCCUCCACUUCGAUGGCCGAUAAAGUUGUCCAGGAGAUCAAAUCCGCUGGAGGACAGGCUGUUGCCAACUACGACAGCGUUGAGUUUGGGGACAAGAUCGUCAAGACAGCCAUCGACACUUUUGGAAGAAUCGGUAACUUUCAAAACAUUUUUAGAAGUGCAUAUAGUAAUUUUUUAGAUAUUGUGAUCAACAAUGCCGGAAUCCUCCGUGACGUCUCUUUCCUCAAGAUGACAGAGCUUGACUGGGGUAUUGCAUUCAUAUUUGCAAAAUUAAAUUGAAACAAUUCUCACUUUCAGACCUUAUUUUCAAGGUUCACGUCAAGGGAGCUUACGCUGUCACUAAGGCCGCCUGGCCAUACAUGAGGGAUCAGAAGUACGGUCGCAUCGUGGUCACUUCUUCCAAUGCUGGAGUCCAUGGAAACUUCGGUCAAGUCAACUACUCGGCUGCGAAGAGUGCCCUCAUCGGUUUCGCAAAUGCUCUGGCACAGGAAGGAGCCAAGUACAACAUUCUUGCCAAUACACUCGUCCCAACAGCCGGAUCCCGACUCACAGAGACUGUUAUGCCGCAGAAUCUUGUUGACGCAUUGAAGCCAGACUAUGUCACUCCUCUGGUGACAUAUUUGGUUCAUGAAUCGUUCCCAGAGUCAGGAAAGGUCUUCGAAGCUGGAGCUGGGUGGUACGGAACCAUCCAGUACUACAAGUCAAAGGGAAAGGUCAUUUCGAAUGCUACUGCCGACGAUCUUGCGAAGAACUGGACGACUAUCACUGACAUGACCGGAGCAGAGUACAUUGGAACCAUGGCCGAACAGACGACCCGACUACUCGGAGUUCUUGAGGAGCACGGGACCACUGAAACCCAAGGAUCUGGAAGCACCGGUGCUACCGGUGGAGCCUUCCCAUCCAACAUCAAGAGCAGCGCUCUCUUCCAAGAGAUGGCUGACGGUGUGAAAGCGGACCCAACUGCCGUCAAGACCCUCAAGUCUAUCGUUCUCUACAUUAUCACCGAUGGAAAGAACGAGCUCGGAAAAUUCAGUAAGUUUUGAACCAAUAACGAAAUUAUUAUUUUUUUCUCAUUUCAGCUCUUGACUUCAAGAGUGCCAACCCGUCCGUCUACCUCGGAGAUGUGCAGAACGGAGAGAAGGCCAACGCGACGGUCACUGUUGCUGAUAACGACUUUGUCGACAUCGCAGCCGGAAAACUGAAUGCUCAAAAGGUACUGAUUGUACUAAUACAUCAAACAAACAUUACAUUGCAGGCAUUCAUGAGCGGAAAACUGAAAGUGAAAGGAAACGUAAUGCUUCUCCAGAAACUGCAGACUGUUCUCGAAAAGGCCAAGAAAUCCAAACUGUAG